CCGAUAUUAUUGCCCCCCCCCCACCAAACACAACAUGCCUCUGACCGGACAUUGUCUUUGCAAGGCUGUCACCUAUUCGGCUGACGUCGAAAAGCCGUUGCUGGUGGGCUAUGACCACUGCGACGAUUGCCAGCGCCAGAGUGGCUCCACCUACUCUCUCGUUGCGGUUGUGCCCAAGGAUAAACUGACUAUCAACGGUCCCACCAAGAGCUGGGCGGGUACAGGCAGCUCGGGCAAGGCCGUUCACCGGGUCUUCUGCUCCGUGUGUGGCUCGCCCAUUGCUCACGACCCGGAUGCUGCACCGGAAAUUAUCGCCCUGAAGGCCGGAACUCUGGACACGGAGAUCAAGAAGACCUUGAAGCCGGAUACCGAGAUCUGGACGGUCAGCAAGCUUCCCUUCUGCCAGGAGAGCCUCGCGCAUCCUUUCAAGCACAUGCCGGAGUGAGCAGAAAAUAUCUUCGGGGCUCCAUGAGUGAAAAACACAUGUUUUAAACGAAUAAUGGUUAUACGGAAACGAGUCUCGGAUGAGAGAAUAAUAUGUAACUCGGCACU